AUGGAAAUCGAGGCAAGUGCUCCUCAAUUAGUAGCAAAAAAAUUAUGGAAAGUAGUAAGAAUUGUUUUCUACAUGUUGACGAAAGGUUUAUCAAAGAGCAAACUCAUUCUUGACAUACAAAAUUCUCUUCAAGAUAUGUUUAAAAGAGGAAAAACUGCUGGUAAGGCAAUUAGCAAUCUAAUGUUACACCAUCAAUAUUCAUCUUCUUUCACUUGUAAAUCCAAUGAUGUAGCCAUGUCAUCCUUUGUUACACGGCGCGAAUACGAAUUUAGUUGCAGUAAUAGCCCUAAUUUCCCCCUCUACUUCGCCAAUAAACGUAGGCGAAAUUAUCGGUAUAAGCCAGAAGAAAUAGGUGUGGUUCAAAAAGUAUUUGAGAUGUUGAAUACUACAACUACAAAUUAUGAUCAAGCUGUUGUUGCUUCACCUUUGGCAUUACCAGGAUUUGGAAAAAGUCCAAUGGUGAGACAAUUAAGAAUAACUGAUUCACCAUUUCCUUUAAAAGAUUCUGAGGAGAAUAUUAAUUCUCAAGUUGAUAAAGAUGCUGAAGAAUUUAUCAAGAAUUUUUAUAAGGAUUUGAAGCAGCAGAAAAGAGUAGCGGCUUUUGAAUCUCCAUCUCCUUAUCAUAUUUGUGCAAGAAAUUAG